AUGGGUGAAAGGGAAUCGGAGAGAGCCCAUGUGCACAGCCUGCCAUCAGACUUCAUUGAUGUACAGUCAAAGUCAUAUGACCCAGACUACAUCUCUGAUAUUAGCAAGAAAAUGCAAGUGCCAGACAGAAUAUCUGUCGGAGAUGGUAUGGCAGUUCGAGUGAACAAUGGCUAUUAUGACCCAUUAUUAAGGGAAAAGCAGCUUACUCAGAUGACUGUUCCAGAGAGAAUCAUUGUUGCUGGUGACAAUCAACACAUUGGUCUACGAGAAGGGUUGCGCAAAUUGCCAAUUGAUGGUGACAUACCAAGUUACCAUUCCAACAUAGUAGAGCUGGCCACACCCCCUCAUGUUCUCACACUUGAGCAAAGCUUCCCUGUUGUUGAUGAGGCAGAUGAGAAAACUGAGCACCCCAGUGUAGUUUCAUUUGACUCCAGUAAACACAUUGGAGCAUCUAUGUCAUAUAUACCUGGGAAAUCACCACAUGAUUCUGUCCUAUAUAAUGAAGAAGAUGAAGGUACUUCUCUGAAGACGCAAAUAGGAAAACUGACAAGACGCAUUGCUGUCAUAGAGGAAGACAAUCAGCGUCGUGCACAGCGGGAACUUAUUCUCUAUCCAGCAAUCAUGUCUAUAUUCUGUGGAAAAUACUAUCGUGGUUUUUUCGAAGUAGGUAACUGAAUAAAGGUAUGGUGUAAUGUAAAUUAUAGUUCAAGGAGAAAUUAAACCCCAGCUUUUGAAGUAAAAGUUACAGUAACAGUUUGAUUUACUUCAUAGUCUUGUGUACAGAACAUUUCAGUCAUAUCUUUGCCACUUGUGGAACACUUUAAUGUGUUGAUUGCUGCCUUUUACCUGUUAUUUGUUGAAGCAGGAAAGAGAAGUGUUCAAAAGCAAAUUUCUGCAUGAUUGGAGAAUAAUUUUAGUAAAUCAUGUAGAAUGAUUUGGAUGGACCAAAUGGAAUGAAGCUGUUCAGAAAAGAUGUUUACUUUUGUUUUUUUUUUGUUUUUUUUUAAGAUGGAUAAAUCUCAUCAGUUUGAUUAAUAUUAUUGAAACUGAUUGUUAUAGUUAAACGUCCUUAAAGUUGUUCUGUUUUGUCAUUUGGUUUCCUUUAAGCCUGAUUAGCUUAUUGUAGAAGUGAUACUGGAAAGCUGGCAGAGAUAUGGCAAGAGGAUAUGUUCUUAUCAUGCUGGCAGUUAGCUGUUAGAAGUCAUUUAUCCUGCAUAACUGUGAAAAAAUGCAGACAUUUGCCUCCUUGCGUAAUAUUUAACUUUCCAUGAUAAAAUAAUCUAAGAACUUAAGUAAAAUAUAGUUAGAAAGCAUGUACACUACUAACUAGCAAAUGCAGACAGCUGGCAAAAGUAAUGUCGCUAAAAUUUUGCUUGUACAUAGAUCUAUUCUUUUUGUAAUCCAUAUAAAAAAAAGGCAGUCUAUAGUGCUUUAUCCACAAGACUUAUUUUCAGACAUUAUAGACUGUUACACCAAAUGAUAAAGAGCAUCAAUUAGAACAUUUAAAAUGUCAUAUACUCUUAUCCAUUUAUCUUUCAAUGUAUCCAUCUUUCACUGUAUCCAUCUAUGAAAUCAAAGACUAUCCAGACUGUAUAGCUUAUCUAAACAUCUCAACUGCUACGGCAUUUUUCCAGUUUAGCAGUGAGGUCAUCCAGAUUGAUAUUCACUUUUCUUAGGUUCAAGUAAUAUCUUUACCUUUAAUGUCGUUUCUUCUGUGCCUCAGAGAUAAAAGUAACAACUCCAUAUAUUGUGAAUGGGGGCAAAAACCUGAAUUACAACUGUUAACUGUUAUGUUCUUUUGUCCUUAAUUUUAGUUACAGUUAACCAGAAUGGCCUGUUAGAUUUGUGAGAAGACUAGACAGCACAGAAUGUUCAUUGUGUACAAAUGAGAUCUUUCAGAAAUGUAUAAGGACCAGAAACAAAAAGGAAGUCUGUAGCUGCUGAGUAAUUCUUGAGUAAAGGUUAACAUUUGGGGGGGGGGGGAACAGUGUUUCUAACUUAUGUGAUAAUAAAUUCAGAUUUUCUUCCAAUGAGAUUAGUAAAAAAAAUUUGUUGUGAUGAAAAUAUACUUGUUCAUCUGAAAGUUCACCAUCAAGCUUUUUUUAAACUUUGAAGAAAAAGUAGAUUCAGCUUUAUUUUCUCAAAGAUAUGUUUGUUGCAAACAUUCAAAGCAGAUUUAGAAACCCAUUUCUUCUAUCCGUUGAGCUCUUAACCAAUGAAUUCCCACCCCUCAUUCUUUCACUCUCUCUUAACUGGCCCUCCAUGCUUCAUCUUAAUUUAACAUGCUGUUUUUCACUUUUAUUGACAUUCUCCGUUUUAGUACUUUUUCUCCUCUCACAUGCCUUUUUCUAUUAUAGUUGACCAUCAGUUCAAUUGUAGUCUUUCAUGUACAGCACUUUGAGCACACCUCCUCACUGGGAAAUGCACUGUACAAAUUAUUAUUACUCUGUGCAUGGAGCUUCCAUUGUGACAGGCAUGCAUGUUUUAAUUAUUUAACAAACAGUUUGAAACAA